AUGGAGAGAAGUAGAGAAGCAAGAAGGCCAAGCAUGGCAGCAAGCAAUGGAUUUCUCAAGUUACGCGAGCGACCCAGCAACAAGAGAAGUAUGAGAGAACAGAGCACAAAACAGAGGAGGGUCAGAGGAGAUCAAGGUCACGAGAGCACUGAAGAAGGGAGCGUCGGCUAUUCCGAUGAGCAAGCUCCGCAGUUGAUGGUUGCCCAUGAAAUGAUCGGAGUUGCGGUGCCCAGGAAGGCUCGCUCAGCUUCUGGAAAAAGGUCACAUGAAUAUGCUUCUUCUGGGAAUUAUGGAGGAGCUGGGGAAGAAGAGAGUCUUCAGCAACUGAGCGUAAAAGCCGCCUCGCUAUCUUUUUCUAAUGUUUCAGCGAGGAAGAAGAUGAAGCCAAAUGGACCCAAGAUUCGGCCUCCGAAGUCGACUAAAUCUUCUGAGCCUGUCGAAGAGGAUAUUGAGAUUAAGAUCGCUGAGGUUCUCGGGCUGAUGAAGCAAUCCAAGAGCUCCAAGGACCAGGAUAAUAUCAAAAACUAUACUUUGAAUAUCGAAGCUAAAGAUAGAAACGUUGCAGAGCUCAAGGACAAGAAAGUGGAGGCUGAGAGUGGUUUAAUGGCGGUUCAGGACAGUUCAGUUUCUGAAGCUGGUGUCUUUGAAAAAAGUGACCAACCGGAAAAGAUUGAAACUUGUUCGCCGAAAUCAAACGGGGAACUGUGCAACCCGGUUCACCAUACGGGUCGUGAUGAAGGAGCAUCUGGGUCCAUAGAGUCGCAGAAGGAAGAUGCCAAACCAUUCAUGGAAGAGGGAAAAAGCAUCCUCCCAAAAGUUGAAUUGUCUUGGGAGGAUUUGACAGGGACAAAAGCCAUUUCAACUGGGUCGAAGCUUGGGAGCAAGAGAGAGGACAUGUUCAAAUUUGAUUUGAUGGCUCCUCCUCCCAUGGAGAAGGAGGACUUGUCUGAUUUUGCAUCUGAUCCUAAACCUCUGCCUCAAGAUGUAGAAAUGAAGAUGGAAAUUUUGGUUAAGAAUGAAGAAAAAGUGGAAAAAUAUGUUGAGGAAGCUGUGGUUGAGAAAGUAGAUGAGAAGAAGAUGGAGACAAGUAAGGAAAAAUUUAAUGAAAACCCAAAUCAAAAUAGUGACAGUAAAUUACAACACCAAGGUAAAAAACAGCAGCCUAAAGAUGUCGUUCCAAAUCCGAAACUGGAGAAAAUUGCUCAUUCUAGCUCAGUGCCCUUGGCCAUGGGAUCAUCCACCACACUUCAGCCUGCAAAUUCCCUCCUGUCUCAGCCACGGCGAAAGAGAUGUGCAACCCACCAUUACAUUGCUCGAAACAUUUUCUUGCAUCAGAAGGUUACAAAGACGAACACUUUCUGGCCAGCAGAAACUGGUUCUGCUCCUCUACGUGGCACCAAGCCAGACAUCUUCAAAGUCAUAUUGCCUGCAGAAAACAGAGUCAUUGGAAACCCAAUGCUUGGAAGCUUACCAGGUUUGAAUCUUCAGCAAUCACAGGAACACGAGCAGGGCAUGUCAAACUUUCAAGGUCAUGGUGGAAACGGUAAAAUCUCUGAGGCUGCCAAUUUCACAGAAACUGUAAAGAGAAAGCAUCUUGCAGUUCAGCAAGCUCCAGCCUCUGAUGGAAAUGAAAUGCAUGGACACACUAUCACUUUCCCUCUGGGCCAACAUCAAGUGUCAGGGACAUCAAAUAGUAAUCAAUCUGGCCCUUUGAAACAUGCCAAAUCAACAAACAAUGCAUCACUUCCGAGCCACUCAGCUGCUAGAACUCCGAUGAGUUCUUCAGCGUUGCCAACGGUAGCUGCAGUGAACUUUAUUAAUCCGAAUAUGGCAGCCAAGGAAGGUCCAUACUUGGCACUCAAUGGGUAUCCAUUUCCUAUUUCAACUCAUAUAGGAACAACACCAGCCUUUAGAGGAGGAAACCCUGCUCAACCAGUGCCUUUGUUUAAUGGGCCUUUCUAUUCAAAUCAGAUGUUCCACCCAUCACAGGUUCAACAGCAACAGCCUCACUCGCAGUUGCAGCAUCAGAACGCAAACACUUCAAGUGAUUCAACACCAUCCCACAAGCAACAGGAGUCUCAGAAACUGAGGGAAGCACAAUUUAAUAGCAACAAUUUUUUGACCUCAACUAGCGUGCAAUCACAACAGUCACAAAAGCAGUAUGUGCCACCAACCCUUCAAUCUUGCAAGCUUGAGGGUGAGAUGAAUGGGGAGAAUACUGCAUCUCUUGCUGCCUCUCAUGCCCCAAAGAGUGUAUAUGGGCAGAACUUUGCAGUUCCAUUUCAACCCCUGAACUUUACCUUGAUGCCUUAUGUAACAUUGGGUGGUGGUGGGGGUGGCAGUGGAAAUCACAUUGAGGAAUCGCAGCAUGGCAUGUCAUUUGCCUCCUUCAGUGGAAAUAACAGCACAGGUUCAUGCUUGAACUUUUCAACCAUGGCACAAAAUCCAGUGAUAUUUCAAAGCCUCCCAGACAUGGCUCAGCAAGGAUUCAAAGUAGGACCGGCACCUCAAGCGGUGCAGAAAAAGAAUAAUCAAAUAUCCGAAAGGAAGACUGGAGGUGGUUCCAACAAUGCUGAUGAUGGGUUAAAAGCUGCUUCUGGGAAGUCUUCCUCAAGUAUUGGGCAAAGGCAGACCCUUGUUUUUGACAAUUCAGCAAGAACUCUUAACUUCAUGUCAUCCCCUGUCACUGGAAGCUGGCCUCCUCGGUCCAUCGCCUUGACUACCACAGCAACAAAUUCUCCUGUUGAUAAUAAAACAUCAUCAAAUUCUCAACAACAACACAUGUUCCAGUUUCAGCUUCAGAAGCCACAUACGUUACAACAGCAGCAACCUGCUAUUGCUGCCAAGUUCCCAAAGAACUCCCCUGCUUUCUCACAAGCUUUAGUACAAUGCAACAGUUCUGCCCAAGCUCCUCAGUUCUCAACUGUCGUGAGUUUUCCCCAACAACAAGGAAGAUCUUCACAAGGUCAGACUCAAAUAUCUUUCGGGGGAAACCACAAAUCAUCCUUACCACCACAAAGGCAACAGAUACUCACUAACAAGAACCAGUCUUCCUCUAGUUUGGUUGCUUCUUCAUCAAUGUCUACAUUACAGUCGCAUCAAACUGAGAAUUCUUCGCCUAGUGGUAAUGGCCAGAUGUCCUCUCCUGCUUGUGGUAGGAACUUGCCCUCAAUCUUGAGCACAUGUCCCAGUCACAUUUCUGAACUCAAGUACUAG